AUGUCAGCUCCACAACAACCUCUCGAAUGCGCGAAAUUCAAUAAUCCAAUAGCGCCUCGUCAGAGUGAAUGCCCAUUUUGCCACAAGUCUUUUGCAAGGGUCGACGUCUCUAGACGACACGCUCGAUCUUGUCCAGCUCGGAAAGGUCGUACUCUACCACCACAAGCUAAACGAGGCAGGAAGCUUCGCGCUUGUGACAAUUGUGCCAAACUGAAGCUCUCUUGCAAUACCGAGGUCCCAUGCGCCAGGUGCUCAUCUAAGCGCGUAGCUUGCAUCUACAGUGUCUUUUGUCACGAUGCUUCACACAGGGCUGUUCCCAACGAACCACCCAAAGACGACCGUCACAGUUUGUCAUUUCUACUACAGGCCAGUGACCCCAGUCAUAAUUCUAUGGAUGUUAAUGUGGCUGCCGAACCUGAAAGAACCCUUGAAGAACCAACCUGGAAACGCCAAGAGUCAGAAACAACGGGCUGGGUUCCAGAGACAGUCGAUCCAAAAUUCCUUCUUUUGAAUCUAUCAGACAUGCUACUGGAUGAGCCUCUAGACUACGAAGCUACUGAAGGCGAUUUCCAAUUUCAAAACAUCUUCAAUACUCCUAUUACUGCAACCAAUACUCUCACAGCACGCAUUACAACUCUAUCAAGCAACCUUCAAAACAUGGUCACCGACAAGCCUCAUUUAAAAGAAGGACUAGACUACAGCUUUGAAAGAGGGUUCUUCACCAUGUCUCAUUUUCAAAACGCCUUCAUCAUCUUCUUUCGUCGAAGGCAUUACCACAAGCCUCCAAUCCACUGGCCGACUUUCGAUCUGGAUAAAAUUGCACCUCAUUUGCUGUUGGCUGCCGUACUUACUGGAACCGCCUAUCUUCAAUAUCUCGACUGCUCAUCCCAGAAUCCUCUCACUGCAUCUUUACUAGAGCUUGCAGAGAAGUACAUUUUUAAAGAGGUCAAGAGGCUGGCAGACCAUAGCAUUACUCCACUUGCAUCGAGCCACAUGCUUGAAGUGUGUCAAGCUGCAGUUCUGAUGAAUAGUCUUGAAGGCAGCACAAAUCAUAUCGAAGGUCGUCGAAGAAUUGCCAGUAAGCGAAUCCCGACGCUGCUUGCUGCUUUGAGGAAGUCUGGAGUGAUUGGCCUCAAACAUGAAUCACGCCAAGGAGAGGUAGACUGGAACGAGUUUAUCCAUCGAGAGACUUGCAUCAGAGUUGUUUCAUGGACAUUCGUUAAUGAUACGCUCAUGAGUUUGAUUUGCAAUCACCCACCAGCCAUGACCGUGAAAGAGAUGACUGGACAUAUUCCUUGCCGGAGCGAGUUGUGGGAGGCAGAUUCAAAUGCUUCUUUUCAACGACACGUACAUAACGUAGCAAGAUCGUACCCAUUGAGUUACCAUGAUGUUGUGUCCGGACUACUUGCAGAAGAUUGGACACGUCCAACAAAGGAGUCUUUUGGAAAAUUAGAUAUAUUGGAUUUGUUCUUCAUUAACGGAGGUCUCAUGCGUCAUGUGUUUCACUGCCGUACAUCAGUAGUAACGCCUGAUUACUGUGCCAUGGUCUUACGCGCACUUGACAGAUGGGAUGCCCUUUGGGUGGAUGCCUUUGCGCAGGUACCCGUAACUGAGCGAAGAUGGCUUGGGAUUGCAAGGCAUUAUCCUGAAGUGGUGGCUUUGUCGAGACGAAGCAUUGAGCUUAGCGGGACGAAAGAAGCAGAGAAUUCUGCCUAUCUGCAGUGUGUUGCUACAUAUGACACUGCCAUUUUUCAUGAAUUCGUUCAGAAGUAUGGGCUGCGAGAGACUGCAACUUAA